AUGGCUGACGAAGUGUACGACGGUGCUAUCGGUAUUGAUCUCGGAACCACUUACUCAUGUGUUGGUGUAUGGCAAAACGACCGUGUCGAAAUCAUUGCCAACGACCAGGGCAAUCGAACUACACCUUCAUAUGUCGCCUUCUCUGCGGAGGAGCGCCUGAUAGGUGACGCUGCUAAAAAUCAGGCUGCUAUGAAUCCAAAGAACACUGUAUUUGAUGCCAAGCGUCUUAUCGGUCGUCGAUUCGACGACCCAGACGUGAAAAAGGAUAUGAUUCACUGGCCCUUUGAAGUCACUGAGAAGGACGGCUCCCCGCUGAUCAAGGUCAGCUAUCUCGGGGAGGAGAAGACUUUCAGCCCUCAGGAAAUUUCCUCCAUGGUAUUGACUAAAAUGAAGGAAGUUUCCGAGGCGAAGCUUGGAAAGACAGUGAAGAAAGCAGUCGUCACUGUACCUGCCUACUUUAAUGACUCCCAGCGUUUGGCAACAAAAGACGCUGGUGCUAUCGCUGGCCUCGAUGUUCUCCGUAUCAUCAAUGAGCCAACUGCUGCCGCUAUUGCUUACGGUCUCGACCGUCAAUCAAAAACUGAAAAGAACGUCCUCAUUUUCGAUUUGGGAGGUGGAACUUUCGAUGUUUCCCUUUUGAAUAUCAGCGGUGGUGUCUUCGCUGUCAAGGCGACUGCUGGUGACACUCAUUUGGGUGGUGAGGACUUUGACAACACCCUCUUGGAACACUUCAAGAACGAGUUCAAACGCAAGUCAAAGCUCGACAUCUCCGAUGAUGCCCGUGCUCUCAGACGUCUAAGAAGUGCUUGUGAGCGUGCCAAGAGGACACUAUCUAGUGUCACGCAGACUACCGUUGAGGUUGACUCACUUUACCAAGGUGAAGACUUCUCGGCAAAUAUCACGCGUGCCCGUUUCGAAGAAAUCAACGCUGCUAUGUUUAAAUCAACUCUCGACCCCGUCGAAAAAGUACUUAAGGAUGCGAAGAUGGCGCGUGAGAAGGUCGAUGAUAUUGUCCUCGUCGGCGGUUCUACCCGUAUCCCUAAAAUCCAAGCACUCGUUUCUGAGUACUUCGGUGGCCGUCAGCUUAACAAGUCUAUCAACCCAGAUGAGGCUGUCGCUUACGGUGCCGCUGUGCAAGCUGCUGUCCUCACUGGUCAGACCUCUGACCAGACUAAAGACCUUCUCCUCCUCGACGUCGCUCCUUUGUCUCUAGGUGUCGCCAUGCAGGGUGAUGUUUUCGGUUGUGUCGUUCCCCGUAAUACUUCCAUCCCGGCGAAUAAGAACAGAACGUUCACCACCGUCGAAGACAAUCAAACCACAGUCACUUUCCCUGUCUACGAGGGAGAGCGUACUCAGUGCAGAGACAACCGUUUGCUUGGAGAAUUCGAACUCACUGGCAUUCCUCCAAUGCCCCGUGGCCAAGCUGAACUUGUCACCACCUUUGAGAUUGACGCUAACGGUCUGCUGAAGGUCUCUGCUCAGGAUCGCUCGUCUGGUCGUAAGGCAUCUAUCACUAUUACCAACUCUGUCGGACGUCUAUCAUCUGCCGAGAUCGACCAGAUGAUUAAGGAUGCCGAGCAGUUCAAGAUGGCCGACAAGGAAUUCACUGCUCGUCAUGAAGCUAAAUCCGACCUUGAGGCGUACAUUCAACAGGUGGAGAGCACAAUCACCUCACCGGAGAUUGGUAUGAAGCUUAAGCGUGGUGCUAAGUCUCAAGUUGAGGCUGAGCUUGCUCGUGCUCUCGAGAAGUUGGAGAUCGUGGACUCAACCGCAGAUGAACUGAAGAAGGCGCAGUUGGGUAUUAAGCGGGCCCUGCAAAAAGCCACUGCUGGCAUACGGUGA